AUGGCUGGGGCCCAUAACCUGUUAUCUUUCUACGAGAUACUAAAUAAGUCCGGAUCACGAUCCAAGUCAGCUGCCGCUGACUGGCAUCGUAUCUUCGAGUACAUUCUCGUACUCGCUCGGGAUUGCUAUCCCAACAGGUGUGAACGGGUCAUUCAAAAAGAUAACGCGCCAUACUCUCCGGUGCAAAUACGGAACAAAUGGAUGAAACAAAUCCGGAGAAGACUGGAACUAGACUGCCUAAUGAUACGAAAGCGUUUUGGCAAGAAGGCUCUCCAGAAAGACCUAGUCUUAAGGACGUGGUCCGGUGUUAUCGAAAACGAGCAUCGGCUUCCUAAAGACUGGACAGAAAUAGACGGGGCCUUAGUGGGUAUGGAGUAA